GCUUUCGGGAUGUUUACGUGCAAGCCGUGUGGGAAGUACAAUGACGUGACCUUGUUUUUGCUGAGGAGGGCGAUACUAGAAUGUGACGAGGGCGGUGACCAUUUUUGCGUGUGGAUUUUUUGUUUGUUUGUUUAGUGAGUAACAUAACUUGGUCACUUGUAACCCGCAGUGGAACUUCUAGAAGGUUAGAUUCUUGUAAAUGUCUAAAGACUGGAAACCAAAUCACUACAACCUGGGAAAGUUACCUGUGUGUUUUUUUUUUGCACCACUAAAAAGCCCCUGCAGCACAAUGUCCCCCAACACCACCCUGGAGAACUGGCUCAGAAAGAAGACUGCCACCACCCUAACUCCUUUUUUGGAUGCAGAGCCUUAAGGGAUAUGAAGGAUCAAAUUCAGUGAAGGCAAACCAGAACCAACAUACACUCUGGGUUUCUUUGUGUCUAUGACUACAAUCUGGUGUUUUUUUAUUUUUUAUUCUAGCAUAAGAGUUAAAAUAGGCAAAUAGAAAAUAUUGCUGUUAAUAAAUGUCUGUCUUCUAGAAUUCCAAUGCCUUCCUUCCCUCUGGCUCCAGCCCUGCAGUAUUCAGCCUGCAUAAUGGCAAAGGUUAAGAUGGAAUUAUCCAGAUCAUGCUUUCUGCUUGUGAUACUACUUCUUGCCAUGAAAAGAUUUAAUUUGCUACAGAGGCCUACCCCGAGAGAGAGCUGUGCACUGGAGACUCGGCUUGUUCUUUUCUUUCCUAUGAAACUUUGAAAAAUAAGUCAGUUUGUGGUUGAGAUCUGUAUGCUGUGUUUGUCUGGUUUCCUACAUGCUGGGAUUGCGGUGCCUGUCCUUUGCUUACCAGGACCUUGAAGAGAUUCCCUACAUCUCAAUACUCCAGCACCAGGACACGCUGGAAGUACUGGAUCUGAGCUACAAUCUCCUGGAGCAGAGCCCAGCUCUACUGGGAGAGCUGGAGAAACUCACCACCUUGAUUCUGGACUGCAACAACUACACGUCACAUGUGAAGUUCCCAUUCAUGCCCAGUGUCACAACGGUGUGGAUAAACAAAAACAAAAUAAAAAACCUGCCCACAUUUGUCGAAGAAGUAAGAAGGAAGUUCCCUAACAUCAGAAUUCUCAGUAUGAUGAACAACGAAGCUGCACCAAGUUAUUUUAAUGGAGGGAGUCUGUGUCAGUAUCUGGAUUACAGACAGUAUGUUAUCAGCCAGAUCCCAGGUUUGGAGGUGCUGGAUGACAAAGAAGUUUUGGAAGAGGAGCGCAUUGAAGCUCAGAACGUGUAUAAGCUCCAGAGAUCAAGUGUGUUCAAGAAGAAAAAGGACAUAAGAAAAUAACCCCAGCUCAGGCUGAUCUUCGCAAUCUUCACACUUCAUACUUCAUACGUCAUACUGCCCUACAGUCUGCAGCAGCCAUGCAGAAGUAUACAUACUGGGUACACCAGUAUGUAUAAAUAAUAAUGGCACCUUGUUUGUUAUGUGCAUCCCCCUUGCUGUAAUGUGCUCUAAAAAAUCUAUUUGAGCCCUAUCCUAGCAGAGUAUUAAUUGAUCAAAUCAACCCCUUACAGCUUAAACUUUUAACAGCGCUUGUAUGCUUUUAAAAAAAGGUUAUUUUGCAUAAUCUAUUUAUUCAUUCUUUUCUUUUCCCUGUUUUCCUUAUUUUAAAAUUCCUUCUACCAAAAGUUUGACUUUAGAGAUCACGUUAAACCAAGUAUCGACUUGGAGUGGCCUUAAAUUAAAAAAUAUAUAUUUAUCAGUUAACUGAUUUUCAAUUUGGAACUAAGUGAUCUUUCCUAGACCUGUAUACAGGUCUGCAGUGUUGAAAGAGUGAGUUAAAGGCUGUUUUUAAAAGAGCGUUUCUAAAGAAAUCAUGAAUAUCACUCUUUAUUGUAUUCUGUUAAAAUAUGGAUGCACUGAUUUCUUCCUACUGGGAACCAUAGUUUGGAUUGACAGAGUCCCAAUUCUAAUAUGUUUUAAUGGAAACUAACAGGAUUCAAAUCAGUACAAGUGGUAGAUAGAAACAUAUCAUUUCAGUUUAAUUUUCAUAAAUCUCACUUAUAACUACAUGAACAGUGUAUUUAAGCAUGUUCUUUCAUGAAUUCAUUUUGAAUACAAUUUGAGAAAUACUAACAGUGUAUACAGCUGCACCUGUAUGACAUAUAUUUAUUCAUAUACAUUCAUAUCAUUUUUUUUGGACUACUGCAUUAGGUUCAGCGUUUACAAGGCUGCAUCUUACCAGCAGAGGGCACUGUUGGAGCGAGAACAAGAACGUUAAGGUUGCUGAGAUGUGUUUAUAUUGCUUGUAUUUAUAAUGUUGCAGUGCUGAAUGCCUUAAAUGAUAUAUUUCCACCUUUUGGGCUACAAUAAAGACCCUCAACCCUC